AUGGUCAAGGGCGUCCAAAUCCACUCUCGCGUAGCGCCCAAAGCGCAGGAGGUCAUCCUUACCGAUGCUGCUCUCACUUUUCUCGCUACUCUUCAUCGCACAUUCGAACCAACUCGUAAAGCUCUCCUUGCUGCUCGAGCCGAUCAACAACGCAAAUGGGAUUCUGGUGCACCCCUCGACUUUCCUCCAGAGACUGCUUCUAUCCGUUCUGAAGCUGCAUGGCAUUGCGCUCCCCCAGGCCCUGGGCUUGAAGACCGUCGCGUUGAGAUUACCGGUCCAACUGACCGCAAAAUGGUCAUCAACGCGUUGAACAGCGGGGCGAAGACAUUCAUGGCUGACUUUGAAGAUUCGAGCGCACCGACGUUUGCAAACAUGAUCAAUGGUCAACUCAACCUCCGUGACGCCGUCCGUCGCCAAAUCGAUUUCGAGUCCAACGGGAAGCAGUACAAACUUGGCGAGAAGCCUGCUGUGCUGAUUGUACGUCCUCGUGGCUGGCAUCUCGACGAACCUCGUGUAACAGUGGAUAACACUCCCGUGUCUGGUUCUAUCUUCGACUUUGCGCUUUACUUCUUCCACAAUGCCCAUGAGCUCAUCAAACGCGGUUCUGGUCCCUACUUCUACCUUCCCAAAAUGGAACACUACAAGGAAGCGCGUCUAUGGAAUGAUAUAUUCCUCCUUUCCCAGUCCUACCUUGGCAUCCCACACAACACCAUCCGCGCCACUGUUCUCAUCGAGACUCUCCCAGCCGCAUUUCAAAUGGAGGAGAUUCUUUUUGAACUGCGCAACCACUCUUCUGGUCUCAACUGUGGCCGUUGGGACUAUAUCUUUAGCUUCAUCAAGAAACGUCGUGCUGACCGUGGUGCUGUUUUGCCUGACCGCAAAGACGUUACGAUGACCGUUGGGUUUAUGGAUGCUUAUGUUCGGCUGUUGAUCCAAACGUGCCAUCGUCGCAAAGUUGCUGCGAUGGGCGGUAUGUCCGCUCAGAUCCCCAUCAAGGACGACCCUCAGGCAAAUGAGGUUGCUAUGAACAAGGUCCGCGCCGACAAACUGAGGGAGGUUACCGCUGGCCACGACGGGACUUGGAUUGCUCACCCACUUAUUGAGCAAAUCGCUCGUCCUAUCUUCGACCAGCACAUGCCCGGGCCCAACCAGUACCACAACCGCCGCGAAGAAGUCCGUGUUGCUGCAAACGACCUCCUCAACACCACUGUGCCUGGUCAAAUCACCGAGGCCGGCGUUCGCGAGAAUGUGGCCACUUCGCUGGCUUAUACGGCUGCCUGGAUUGGUGGCAACGGCUGCAUUCCACUGAACUAUCUCAUGGAGGAUGCUGCUACUGCGGAAAUCACGCGUGUUCAGUUGUGGCAAUGGGUCAAAUACGGCGCACGGAUGGAAACUGGGGAGGCCGUGACGGCGGAACUCGUCGAUCAGCUCGUGAAAGAGCUUGCGCCGACUGUGAAGAAGCUUGCUCCCGGCGUGAAAGAGGCAGAUGUUGGCGUUGCGGUCGAGUAUCUCAAGGGGCAAGUGCGAAAAGAGUGGGCGAGCGAGUUUUUAACGAGCGACUUGAUGCCGUAUCUGGCGAUGGCGGAUGGCGUUCCCUCCAAAUGGCAAAAGGCAUCUUUGUAG